GUGUUACACUUAUUUGUGUCCCCCAUGUGAUAACGUGUUAGAGUGUCAGUGAGUACAGUGGUUACCAGUAAAGUAACGGUAAUGAGACUGUUUCGUGUCCUACGCCAGGGCUUUGAUUUCGGAGCCCGGGAAGUGGCUCACUGGUUCCCGGGACACAUGGCCAGAGGUGUCAAACAGAUGAAGGCCAAACUACAUAAUGUGGAUUGUAUAAUGGAAGUUCAUGAUGCCAGAAUCCCUUUGUCUGGGCGAAAUCCAUUCUUCCAGGAAAGCCUCGGGAUAAAACCUCACCUACUGAUACUCAACAAAAUGGACCUAGGAGACCUGAGUCAGCAAAAGAGGAUCUACAAACAUCUGAAGGAAAAGGGUGUUGAGAACAUAAUUUAUACUGACUGCACCAAAGAUGAGAACAUCAGGCAGAUUUUACCCAAGAUUACAGAGCUGAUCGGUUCAAGUCAGAGAUUCCAGAGAGCAGAGAUUCCCGAGUGCUCUAUUUUGGUAGUUGGGGUUCCCAAUGUGGGGAAAUCUUCAUUAAUAAAUUCACUGCGAAGGCUGCACCUAAAAAAAGGAAAAGCUUCCAGGGUUGGUGCAGAACCAGGUAUCACCAGGGCAGUACUUUCCAGAAUACAGGUGUCAGAGAAUCCUCUUCUGUACCUCCUGGACUCACCUGGUGUUCUAUCCCCUCAUAUUGAGACUGUUGAGGCAGGAAUGAAGCUGGCUCUGUGUGGUACAAUCCUUGAUCAUCUGGUGGGAGAGGACAUCAUGGCUGAUUACCUACUAUAUACACUGAACCAAAAAGAACAGUACAGGUAUGUUGAAAAAUAUGGGCUCGAUGGUCCAUGUCCAGACAUAGAGAGCCUCCUGAAAAAGAUAGCACUGAAACUGGGGAAGACUCAGAAGGUUAAGGCACUCACAGGGGUUGGUGACGUGAACAUAACCGUGCCAAACUAUAGUGCUGCUGCUUACGAUUUUAUCCGAGCGUAUCGGAGAGGAGAACUUGGACAGAUGACUCUGGACUGAGCAGGUGGACUAUAUCUUGUGGAUGAGACAUCUGUUGUAAUGAUUCUGGUGGAUCUUGUAUCUAUCCAAGAGAAGGCUGUAAUGUGAAGCAUAAGCAUGGAGACACUCUGGCUGAGUAAUGACAAGUGCCAGAUUAAGUUAUUGAGGAAUUUUGUGCCUAAAGAGAUGUAAAU